CCUCCCGCUUCACCUGGGUGCCUCUUCCUUGUCAGUCUCUUCUGAUCUCUAACUGGGUUCACGAGCUCAACCAUCACGAGCUCAACAUGCCGGCGGUGGACUCGCCCACCCUGGCUGGGGCCAUGACCUGGCCCCAGGCCGCUCACCAGCCCGCUCACCAGGACCCCUUGGCCUCGUCUAUGGAUGAUGAUCCCGCUUGCUCGGCCCGAGGCGUGGGUACCCCAGACACUGGACGUGACAGCCCGACUGGGGGCCACCAUCCCCCGCACCAACCUGGAGCCGAUCAGACUCACGUCCCGCCUUAGCCUCCGCCUCCACGUGCUCUAGUACCACCCCUGCCCACUCGCCUGCCCGAUCAAUGUGCCGUCGUCGUUGUCGUUGUCUUGUCCAGAUUACGAAGAAACGCGGGAAUUACUCGCAGUUGUCGCGUUGUCGCCGCCAAUGUCCACGGUCCAGUCCCCUCACUCAGCCUGGAAUAAUGGGCGGGCUGCUUCAUCCGUCACGGUGGCCGUUGAUACUUUUGCGUCCAGUCAGACCUCACCCGCCUCUUCGCAAUACAAUACUCCGGCACGGCAUUCGGCUGUCUGCCCCACCAACGGGCCGGGCCGAGUCGUCGGGUCGGAUUACUUUGUAGCUGCCUGGUGUUGAACGCCACGCCGGCCGAUACCCGCGCGGCCGGACUAACGCCCGAAUUGAGACGAGCCCCAUGGACCCUUUGACAAGCUCUGCCGUGGACCUAGGUAUUCAAAUUGGUCCGAACUCGCGGAAUUCUCCAACGCUUUUAUCCCAGACCGCUGCAUCCAGGGCGCUACGCCUUGCGGACCCCGUCCAAAAAUAUCGCCCUGGUUCUCGUUAUAUUGCUUCUCAUAUGGGGUUCUUUCAUCUGGGGUUGCCAUUUGCAGAAGCGGAUGACGGGCCUGGAGAAGCAGGUCCAGUCACUUACCCAAAUUUACAAGAGCUCCACGUCAAGCACAUUCUCAAUCAAGAGGAAAUUUCUCGCCAAUUCAAACAAAUGAGACUGCGUUUGACCCUCAAAGAAUCAUCAAAGGCACCGAAAAUGUGGAAGCCAAAAAAAAUCCACUCCUCAAAGCCGGGCUCAACGUCUCCAUCAUUGAUUGAUACAGGCCUGAAAAUAGCUUCAACAACUAGUGUCUCCUCAAGUCCAUCUCUUCCCGUAGCGACGACGCCCCACGGCGAUUUCCGAACCAAAACAGACUCAUUUUUUGGAAAUUUAUUUGGAAAAGAACUCUCUCCAAGGACUACCACUCGAUCGCCAUCGCAUAUCGUCCCCUGUUCAACGGAAAAUGGCGUUUCUUGUGUUUUCCCUUUCAACUACCAGGGCCAGAAUCAAACGAAAUGUUUGAAGAGCCUGCUCCCCGGGAAAACUUGGUGCCCUAUUAAACUUCAACCUGAUGGAACAUUUAUUCAACAACCGGAUGCUUGGGACUAUUGCCGACCAGGCUGCUCUUGAUUUGAUGUCGUCCAAGUGGCAGAUGCAUUUUGACUGCACAAUAUUAGCCACCGCCGUCAAACUUACUAGUCAAAUGGACAAGUCCGAUCAAUCCCCUUAGAAGUUAAAACUAAUAUUGUGAAUCUUAAUGCUUGCAAGUUUGACUUUCUUUAAACUUGUUCUCAAGUCUCGGUUUUCAAAUUCUGGGUCGCGAGCGAUCAUUGAUUCUACUGAAUGAGAGUUAUGAGUAACAAUACGAAUUACAGGCAUGUUGACCAUCUGGGUUGGCACGAUGGGCCGCGAUUCUUCCAGGCUUUUAGAUUUGGUUCGCAAGCAAAAAUAGUUUGAAAACCGAGGCUCAAUAUGAUUAGAUUUGGUUCGGUUUUUUUACACUCGAUAAGUGCGGAAAACUUUUUGUGAAUCAAUUGAUCGCGCUCGUAAUAUGAUGUGAAUGGAUGUUCUCUUUAUUUGCGAUAGCGAUGAAUGUGUCCAAGUUUAUUUUCGUUAUGUAUUUGAGUCAAGUCCAUUCUCAAAUAAAAGGUAUAGGCUAAUCCA